UCUGCUGUCACCUGCCUCUCCCGCCUUUCUGUCCCACACUGGAUAGGCUUGAUCUUCACCCCACAUUUGAAAAGCCAUUGAAGUGGGGACGCUUCGAGUCCUGCUCACCAACUUGGGUUCGCAGGCACCCUCAACACAAAACUAAGCAACCAUCAAAUACACGCAGAGACUCUCGGCUUGCUGCUCGCAACUACCGAAGGUUUUCUUCAGCUCACAUUAGCCUACCUAGCAUUCCACCCUUUCAGCCCAGAUCAUCAGCAGACCUCUCCUCUGGCAGAUGUCAAAACUGUCUCGUGGCCACGCCAGCUGGUCGCGCAGUCCAACGGUUACAGCUCGAGCCCACACCUUAAUUCAGCCACCGACCUUCGUGUCGAGAUCGCGUGGUUUCCUUCGCAAUGCCAGUCAUAGCCAACCUCAUUCGACUUAGUAAAUCUGCGAACCAUGUUCUCGAACGGGGCUGCGCUACCAAUUUUUUUUUUCCUCUGCUCCUCGGGCCAGGUUGUCAGGAAACUCACGCGAAUGACGUCAGCUAUAUAUCUCAAUGGAGAAUGGCUCUUAUUACACUCUGAUAUUAUUGAAGAUCAAUGCUACUGUGGAUUUGACAAGCAACUUCAUUGGGAAUCAUCUAUAGGAGCUGAGUGUACGUUUAUCUCGAUAAAUGUGGGGAAGCGAUACACUAUGGAAAGUGUCAAUGCAUGCAUUCGGCGUUAACUAGGGGAAGCGGAUACAUCAAGUAGAAGACAAUAAUUUAGUAUUGACCGUGCGCGCUACAGACAAGCUCGUAGGGUAACCCUGAACAAGAGAUCGAAUCGCUGUAGCCAUUACAUGGUAUACCUUACGACUGAGAAGAGUUGUAUUCGCAUAGUACUUACUUUGGGGGUCUCCACACUGUGCAAAUGUUCAGAAUCUGGCUGUCUUAAACAUGACUACCCGCAAGUAUGGGUAUAUUCCAUUCAAGGGUGCAUGGUUACUGAUCAAGUGCCGUUCAACCUCUUGCCUCGACGAUCCUUGUGACUGCCAAUGAUAUUGUUCGAAUUGCAUUGAUGCUCGCGCGGAACGCAUAAUUCUGCUUGAUCCUACCACUGACCGACCCAGAUCCAUAUUCGCAGACACCUCGUGCCGUUCCAUCGGUAAGUAGAACAAAGAGACUGUUACUCUAGAAACAUGCACGCGCUUCGCAGAUCCCACCACCCUAAUCGCAGACAAAGCCGAAAAUGAACUGGAAAUCUGUCAAACAAAGACGUGCUUGUCCGGCAGGUUUAUGGCUGGAUGUGAAACUGACAAAGAGGAAUGAUGGCAAAGUCUCCUCGCCUCCAUAGAUCAUUUCUCGCGCGGAUCUGAUGUAUAUGCCCACGCGUCUUGCUUCUGCCGUCUGCGUUUGCUGUCGUUUGUGAAGUUCAUAUGGUGGUAACUACCUUUCCAUAUCAAUCCACAUCCAUUGAAGACUUAGCGAAGCCGGUCUUUGCGAUUAUUCCCAAUCGUUAUAUGCAGCAAUAGCCCAUCAGAUACACACAAGCGUCACUCCGGAGUCCACGAGACAAUUGAAACAACCAACACGACAUCACCCACCAUAGCCAUCCCGGGAAGAACCACGAAACAUGGUCCACGAUAAGAACAAAGUCCAGCUCAAGAUCAACCCAGAGCCAUUCAAACCCUCCCACCUCUCUAUCCCCCCAUCCCCAUUUUCUCCACAAACCCCCCUCACAAACACAAUCAACCGACCUUCUACGCGCCGGACUAAAACCUAUCGACGCCCCGCCACCGAAACACCUCCCCCUCCCCUCCAAUGGCUCUGGCAAUGCCACCAAUGCCAUCGCUCCUACUCCCUCGGCGUAACCCGCCGCUGUCUGGAAGACGGCCACCAUUUCUGCGCCGGCACCACAACAGUAAAGACCUGGCGCAAGCCCCUCCGAGCUAGAAAGUUCAAGAGACACCGAGCCUGCGCCAGCGAGUUCGAUUACCAAGGAUGGAAGAACUGGGGACGAUGGAGGAGGAGUGGGCGUAAGGAUUCCAUCUACGACGACGACGAAGACAGCUCUUCGUCAUCCUCAUCAACUUCUUCCGCGUCGCCGUAUUCCUCCUCUUCGGCAUCGUCGGGUUCAGAGGAUGCACAGAGCCAGGGUUCCCAGGCUCUUCAAGAGAAGGACUGCUGGAAUGCGUGUGACUACCCUUCCGAAUGUCGGUGGGGGAAACGGUUUGGUGUGCACACGCCUACUUCGGCCACUUUUCCGACGUUUGAAAUUGUUUCUGCUUCGUCGGUUUCCAAUGCUCCGCCUACGUCUGAUCCUUCUCCUGCUGCGGUUACCACCACCACGGCUACGACCAAGGCUGUCGAAGGUGUGCUGAACCCAGAGAACUACCAACCCGAUCUUGGGAAGAAACCGCUGAAGACCGAUCUCUGGGAUGCCCUCGUCGCGAGCGCCACCCGGCGGAAGAGCGUGCCUCCUAGUUCGCCGUUGGCGUCGGUGGCGGAGGAACCUGGUGUCAACGAUCCGUCGGUGGUUGAGAAGGAUAGAGAUGGGGACGUUGUCAUGUCUUGUUCCGAGGAGCAGGCGUCAUCGUCGCAGGCAUUCUCACCGCCUGCUACUUCUGCGCUGGCCUCUCUGAAGGGUGUGUUUCGCAGGAGUUCGAAGAUUUACUCGAAGUCGGUUAGGAGGGGGACGGAGGUGAAGGAUGCUGGCUUGGUGGAUGAGUUGACGCCCUUGGAGAGGGUAAAGAGUAGGGAUAGUGGGUAUCACUCCAAUCAGGAUCUGUUUUGA